CUGCGUGCCAGCGGUGGACAACAGUGCAAAAAAUAAGCUUAAGCCGUAAACGUAAAGCAACAGUGACAGCAGUCCAUAUAUCUUCAAAACAGACCACGGAAGGAGGUAAAUUGUGUACCAAAAUUCUCUAUCCUUCUUCGGGCUGCGCUGGAGCGUCCCACAAGAGGAACUUACUCUGAGAUUUGUCACACAUUGUUACGGUCCGCGUUUGCUAGUGACUGUGUAAAAAGCGACAGCAGCAGCAUCAUUCUUGUGGACUUCCAGGCAAAGUCUGACGAAUUCUGAACUUGACGCGCGCGCGUGUUGUGUGGCGGACUAUUCUCGAAAUGUGAGGAAAGUUUUCGCUUUCUUCCCAUGAAUGCUUAAAACUUUAUUGCCUCCAGUUAGAGGGCACUUAAAAACGGAGGUGAAGAAGGAUAUUUGAAGUCUCUGAUACUCAAAGGACGAUUUAUCUGCUUUGUGAAGCGAGGACGAGUCAGGUUGGUGAUUUUGAAUUCACGAGUCUCAAGUUUCUGCCGCCCUGGCCAGUGAUAUUAACGUGUGAAUUUGACCUGGGAUAAGUUGUCAACAAGAAGCAAACUGGCUGGUGUGUGCGUACAUUUACAUGCAUGGACAUACGUACACCUAUAAAUAGAAGCUCGUGCCUAUGUAUUAAAUCCUGGCCACUCAUCUCCAUCAUUCACCUUCAUCAUAAUCCCAGUGAAACCCACGGGUGUCGCUUUGGCUGUUAGGGUAGGUGUCGCAUGGACUGACAUGGCCACCGAUCUCGCCAUGAGCGCAGAUUUGCCCAACAGCCCUUUGGCUAUUGAAUAUGUCAACGACUUCGACCUCAUGAAGUUUGAGGUCAAGAAAGAGCCCCCGGAGGCCGACCGCUAUUGCCAUCGCCUGCCUCCGGGCUCGCUGUCCUCCACCCCUAUCAGCACGCCCUGCUCCUCGGUGCCUUCCUCGCCCAGCUUCUGUGCCCCCAGUCCCGGAUCUCAGCCUGGGCAGAACCUCAUAAAUGGUGUUAACAACAACAACAACAAUGGAAACAACAACAACACCCAAGGCUCCUCGGGCAAGCCGCAGCUGGACGAUCUCUACUGGAUUCCCAACUAUCAGCAUCACAUAAGUCCAGAGGCCCUCAACCUGACGCCCGAGGACGCAGUGGAAGCACUCAUCGGUAAUGCGCACCACCAUCAUCACCACCACCAGCCCUACGAGGGAUUCCGCGGUCAGCAGUACGUCGGAGAAGACCUCUCGGCACCCACGAACGGUCACCACCACCCUGUGCACCACCACCACCAUCAUCACCACGGCCACCACGCGCACGCGCGCAUCGAGGACCGCUUCUCGGACGAGCAGCUGGUGAGCAUGACAGUGCGCGAGCUUAACCGGCAGCUAAGAGGCUUCAGCAAAGAAGAGGUGAUCCGCCUCAAGCAGAAACGGCGAACCCUGAAGAACCGCGGCUACGCGCAGUCGUGCCGCUACAAGCGCGUCCAGCAGCGUCACAUGCUCGAAAGCGAAAAGUGCACGCUCCAGAGCCAGGUGGAGCAACUCAAGCAAGACGUGUCGCGUCUCAUGAAAGAGCGGGACCUGUACAAGGAGAAGUACGAGAAGCUCGCGAGCCGAACCUUUAACGGCGGCGGCGGUGGCAACGGAGGCAACUCUCGAGACCCGUCCAACGGCACUCACGGCAAAACCACUUCCACGGAAUUCUUCAUGUGAGAGUGAUUCUUGUUAAAGACUUUUUCCCACACCAACGUAUUCGUUUUUUUAAACCUUACAUUUUUUAUGAUUUUCAGUGUGAAUCUUAUUUUCCGUUUUUUUGUUUCUUAAAUAGCCUACCCAAUGUCCGUUCUAGAACAUACACUCAUGAAAAUAAAGGUUUUACAGUCUGAGGCCAUAUGAGAACCUUUUUAAAUUCCACAAAUAGCCUACAUGUUUUAUUUAGAAAAACAUCUAGCUAUGUGCUGGUGCUUUAAAGAACCAAAAUCUGGAAAUGUAGGCCUAACAAACUUUUCCUUCUCCAAAGAACUACACACUUUUUGCAGCCAAAAUGGUUAAUGAUAAGAAGGUCAAGUCCUUUGCUGAACUUAAAGUCCUGAAAAGAAACACUGAAGAACCUUUAAUUUUAAGAGCCUAACAUUACAAAACCGUAUUUAAAGUUUUCACCCAUUGUUUGUGUAUAACUGCACCAUAAAAGUCUUAAGGUUAGUGUGAUGUUAGGAUUAUCUUCCACAGAUACUGCACGGACCCUUCUACUUCAUAAAACCUCCGAUCUAAACAUGGGAUCACUCAUAACCUCCAAAGACCCAUCAGUUUUGGAUUCUGUAAAGUCGUAUUUUUCCUUUGUCUUUUUAGUAAUAGGCUAACUGCAAAGUCCAACAUGUUUAUAGACAUACAUCCGCUUCCUUAAUAUUCUUUUUCUUGUCUUAACGGAUUGACGAGUCUUAAUGGCGAUGAGAAAAUACUGGAAACGAAACUUCAGCUUGUGAAGGAACUUUGAAAGGAACAAUAAUGCUAAUAAAACACUUGUAAGCAAGAAAGGGGAGAUAGCAAUACAUCCUUGACUUUCUCUGUCAUGAACUGAGGUUGAGCGGGCUUGUGAACUUUGAAGGCCCUCAAUCAUUGCUCAUGUCUGCAUUACUAAUCCUGCAUGCGGGACAUGUAUGGUAUCCAAACGCGCCAGGUCCUUUCUCUCUUUUCCCCAUACAGCACUUGGAUGAAAAGCAUGGCCCUUAACCACUCUCUCUUCUCUCAUUUUUUUUCUUUCGUUUCUUCUGUUCGACACGGACCUCAUGCGUACCUGAGAAAUCACAUGAAAUCAGUCUUUACAUUUUUUUUUUCUAUUGUUUUAAAAGUAGUCUACAGAAUAAGAACAAAAAACCGAACUGAGCCAGAGUUAUUUAUUACCAGCUUGUACAUAUGUAGAGGUCGAUUGGUGUGUUAAUUUAACUUUCUUUUUAAAGUCCUUUUUGCUUGAUUAUUUAAAACGUCUUAAUACGAUGUUUGUAUGUAGUAGCAUGCAAAUGACAAAGAUAAUCUCAUUCUAUUGAAUAUGUACAAUUUCAAAGGAAGCCUACUGCACUACGAUUCAAAGAAUUGGGAUUUAUAACAUUUCUUUUCCUCUGUGUUAAUCAAAUUGAUGUUAUGGUGGACAUAGUCGAUCGUCGAAAGUGCAUAAACACAAGGACUUUAAUUGCUGCUAAUAUUCUAUGCACCAAAUUCGAAAGCAAUUAACAGAAGCUCUGAUUAUGUGAAUUUUGUACUUCAAAAUAAAUGAAGUUAUAUGUAGAAAACUGGUUAGACUUUAAAUAUCAUCUCCUGAACAAAGUUUUAUUUUCUUUCUUUUUUUCUCUGAAUGGCCGAGAUGAUAAACGACAAAAAUAUUAACUUUAAUUUUUUUUUUUUUGGUUUGUUUUUUUACUUCUUAUGACAUAAUAAAACUGUAGCAUAUGCUGUAUAAAGCAAUUGCCUACUGUUUUGCAUUGCAACAUUGUGGUGGUGAUGAUAAUAGGCUUCCGACCCUUACACUACAGGUAGAUUAAAUGCUGAAAUAAUUCAAAAAUAAAAGAGAGACUUGUGUGCAAAAUUGGCGAAAAGUAAUCGUGCGCAUUUGAUCGUGAUCAUUUGAGAUUGAAAUAUAGCUCAUCUUGUUGCCAAAGUGGAUUAUCUAAUGCACGUAAAUUAUCAGUUUUCAAAUUCUUUCCGACCCGUGUAUGCUUAGUUCCCUAACAAAUCUAUCGACCAGACUCCAAAAAUAAUGUCUUCAAGUAUGCUCCUCUACCUGGGUUAGUAUCUGCUUGAUAUUCUCACAUGAAAACCACUGUUAACAUUUAUUUAAUUUGGGGAUAAAUUAUGAAUUAUGAUGAAGUUCGCCUCUCUGUCUAUUGGUCUAAUUUGAGACACAGCGAUUUGAGGUUACAUAACCACAUGUGCUGUCCUGUGUGCUGUCUUAUGUAAACAAAUAAAUAAUAAAAUGGAGGGAAAAAAGAAGAACUGUACAUAGCCUAUAAUUUCUAUAUAUUUAUCGAAAAUAUAAAUGUCCUUACGUGUCAGUAAGUCCAAACCAAAAUGUUUCGAAAUGGAAUGUUGUUCAGAAUCUUGUUUUCAUAAUGUUUAAUAAAAACUUCUGUCAAAUGUUUCA